UAGCAUACGCUCACUUUCGACGACUAUCCAUUCGAACAUUGUUCAGUUUUCAUUCUUUGACUAUACCACUUUCUCAAACCAACCAACCAACCAACCAACCAACCAACACUAUCAAAAUGAAGUACUCUUACGCUUUCGCUCUGGCCGCUGCCCAGAUGGUUUCCGCCCACACCACCUUCCAGGCUUUCAUCGUUGACGGCAAGGAGGUCGGUCUUGAUGCUAUCCGCAAGCCUUCCAACGGCAACAACCCCAUCCUCGAUGUCACAUCCACUGCCAUGAACUGCAACGGUGGUACCGAGGCCGCUGCCACCUUCGAGGUUGCCUCCGGCUCCGAGCUCACCUUCCAGUGGCACCACAACACUGGCGCUCCUACCGGUAACGACCCGGAUGAGCCCAUCGCUGCCUCCCACAAGGGUCCCGUCAUGGUCUACAUUGCCCCCGCCGCCUCCAACGGUGAGGGUGCCGUCUGGACCAAGAUCGCCGAGGCUGGUCUUGAUGGCGGCAAGUGGGCCGUUGACACCUUCAUUGCCAACAAGGGUCAGCACAGCGUCACUCUCCCCGACCUCGAGGCCGGCGAGUACCUCAUCCGCCCCGAGAUGAUCGGUCUCCACGAGGGUAACCGCCAGGGCGGUGCUCAGUUCUACAACGGCUGUGGUCAGAUCAAGGUCACCGGCUCCGGCUCGGUCGCCCUCCCCACCGCCGGCACCGACAUGACCAAGGCCUACUCCGCCACCGACCCCGGUGUCCUAUUCGACAUGUACUCCGGCAAGACCACCUACCCCAUCCCCGGCCCCGCUGUCUUCAGCGCUGGCUCCGGCUCCGGCUCUGCCCCCGCCCCCUCCGCGACCGCGUCCGCGUCCGCCACCUCCCCGGCCGCCACCUCCGCUGCUGCCACCAGCGCCGCCGCGUCUGCCCCGGCUGCCACCUCCGCCGCCGCCGAGGCCACCCCCACCGCUGAGGCCACCCCCACCGAGGAGGCCAGCACCCCCGCCCCCACCGCCGGCUCCGGCUCGUCCACCACCCUGCCCGAGGAGUUCACUCUCCCCGAGUUCAUUGCCUGGCUCAAGGCCACCGCCGGUGCCUCCUCCAAGGCCCGCCGCCACGCGCGCUCUUUCUUCUAAGCGCGUCGCUCCCGCGCACUUCUGACUUGUCAUCUGCAUAGCCAGGCGCCUCGUUUGCAUCUUCAUUGGUUGCUUUGUGGAGAGGGUACGGCAAGGUCUCGAAUCAAGCUCGCCUCUUCUUCUUCUCUUGUGGCUACUGAGUAGCAUUACCUUUUUGUACAUAUAGAAUAUGACGAAUGGAUUUCUGAAAGCUACGAUUUCGUACUGUGUUGGGUGUUUGUGAUGUGUUGAUUGUGGUGAGUGGUAGUGCUUGAUGUGUUACGGGCGGCUGAGGGGCGGGAUAAUAAUCUCCGUUUGAGUAUCAGGAUGCUUGUGGGCAAUU